AUGGCUCACAAGUCGGCAGACAGGCUUAAGGGAAAGCGUGUUCCUCGUUGCGCCUGCUCAUGGUGCGCGAGUGCUCGUAUCCCCUCUGGCCGAGGUGGGAACGGUCGUGUCUGCGCUCGUGUCGACGACCAUGAGAUUGAUGGACUCACUCUUGGAGAUCACGAUGUUGAAGAAGAGCUUUUCCUAGAGGCUCUUCACGCGUCUAUCAACCCCAAUAUGACACGCGUUGCUCGUUCAGCUGAGGUCCCACUCACUGCUCUUAUCCGCGAGCCUCGCCGACGCAAAGUUGAUAUUCUCGAAGACUUUGAGAUCAUUCGUCCCACGCGCGCCGUGCUGGCUCUUGAUGACGAUGGGUUUGGUGUUUCGAACCGCCACGUCGGUCGGGAUGAACUAGAAGAAUGGGAGGAUGUUGGCCUUAUUUCAGAGGCCAAGGGACCCGCCAAGCUUGUUGCUACGAGUGCCCGCUCUUACGCAGAGGUCUUGACUAAGGCAUGA